AUGGCUGCGUUCAAGUUGGAUUUCCUGCCGGAGAUGAUGGUGGACCAUUGCUCCUUGAAUGCAAGCCCUGUCUCAAAGAAAAUGAAUGGCACACUGGAUCACCCAGACCAACCCGACUUAGAUGCUAUCAAGAUGUUUGUGGGUCAAGUCCCACGGAGCUGGUGUGAGAAGGAUCUAAGAGAACUUUUUGAACAGUACGGUGCUGUCUAUGAAAUCAAUGUCUUGAGGGACAGGAGCCAAAACCCUCCUCAAAGCAAAGGGUGCUGUUUUGUUACAUUUUAUACCCGUAAAGCUGCACUAGAAGCACAGAAUGCUCUUCACAAUAUGAAGAUCCUUCCAGGGAUGCAUCAUCCUAUCCAGAUGAAACCAGCUGACAGUGAAAAGAGUAAUGCAGUAGAAGAUAGGAAGUUGUUUAUUGGCAUGAUAUCCAAGAAGUGCAAUGAGAAUGAUAUCCGAGUGAUGUUCUCCCCCUUUGGGCAGAUCGAGGAAUGCAGGAUAUUACGAGGCCCGGAUGGCCUGAGCCGAGGUUGUGCAUUUGUGACUUUUACAACACGAGCCAUGGCACAAACAGCAAUCAAAGCAAUGCACCAAGCACAAACCAUGGAGGGCUGCUCUUCUCCCAUUGUGGUAAAAUUUGCAGACACACAGAAGGACAAAGAGCAGAAACGAAUUGCUCAGCAACUCCAGCAACAAAUGCAACAGAUCAGUGCUGCCUCAAUAUGGGGAAACCUGGCUGGUCUCAACACACUUGGGCCACAGUACUUAGCACUUUAUUUGCAGCUCCUUCAGCAGACAGCAGCUGCUUCAUCUGGGAACCUGAACACCUUGAGCAGCCUCCACCCAAUGGGAGGACUGAACGCGAUGCAGUUACAGAACCUGGCUGCGCUCGCGGCUGCGGCCACUGCGGCUCAGAACACCCCGAGUGGCACCGCGGCACUCACUUCCUCCAGCAGUCCCCUGAGUGUGCUCACCAGCUCAG